UUAGCGGUGGAGCGCUAGUGCUCCUGAUUUGACUUGCGCCCAACCUACCUAACCCAGAUUUUGUUCCCCUCGACGGAUCCGUGCCGCACACCAUGGAUACCAGCUAUCUGGCCCAGCAGGUCAAUACAAUAGUUGGCCAGCUGCAUGGCUUGUUCGACGAGAUUGGAGUUCCCAGCCAUGAUCGCGACGCUCGGGAGGAGGAGCUAUUCGCCGCCCUUUCCGAUGCUUUGCAAAACCAGGUCCGGCAGGUGACGGAGGAGAAAAAGGGGAUGGUCGAAGAGGCACAAAAAAUGAUCACGACGAUUCGACAAAUGGAGGCCUCGCUCGACGACGGCAAGUCGCGCCGCGACUACCAAGGCAGCGAUGACGGGAACUUGAAGAUUACCUAUCCUCUCACGAGGUGUCUCCAAGUGCUCAAGGAAAAGCACAUCCAAGUCAGCCGCCUCCACCGGGAGCGUUACGAGCAAGUCAAGAAGUUGGUCCAGGCCCUCGAGUCUUACUCCCUCCAUCUCGAGCCUACCUUUGUCGAAUUGGCUCUGCCCCCUACGGCGCCGAAUCAGUCCAUCCCGCCCAGCUUCGACUUGUCACCGGCCUAUGUGGAUAAGCUGGAUGCCGAGUUUACGCGCGUGUAUGAGGAGUACACUCGCCGCGUGGCAACAGUGAAAGCACUGGCCGAAAAUAUGAUCCAGCUAUGGGCGGAGCUGGGAACCCCGCAGGCGCAGACAGACGGCGCCAUUGUCAAGUACUAUCGCGAUGCGCCCGAGCAGCUCGGCCUCCAUGAAGAUGACCUCACCCGUCUGCGCUCCAAGAGGGACAAGCUUCUGGAGGAGAAGAAGAACCGCGAGAGGCGCCUAAAGGACCUGAAGUGCACGGUCGAAGCCCUCUGGGAAAAGCUGGGUAUUGAAGAAAGGGAACGUAAGGCGUUCCUCAACAGCAACCGUGGUUGUGGUAUUCGGCAAAUCAACGAGUUCGAGGACGAGCUAGCGAAGCUCAACGAGCUCAAGCGACAGAACCUCCAUCUAUUUGUCGAAGAUGCCCGUUUCAAGCUGCAGGAGCUUUGGGAUGCGCUGUAUCUCUGCGAGGAUGAGAUGCUUGAGUUCACGCCAGCCUUCUCCGACGUCUACAGCGACGCCCUUCUCGAAGCCCAUGAGCGGGAAAUCUCCCGGCUCGAACUGCUGCAAGAACAGCGCGCCCCAACGCUGGCUCUUGUCAACAGACACAAGAGCCUGGUCACGGAACAAAAUGAGCUAGCUUCGUCGAGCCAGGAUGCCUCGCGCCUGAUGAUGCGAGGCCAGAAGGGAGAAAGGCGGGAUCCUGGCAAACUGCUCCGGGAAGAGAAGAUGAGGAAACGGAUCGCCAAGGAGCUUCCGAAAGUCGCCGUGGAGCUGCGCAAGGCGUUGGAGCAGUGGGAAGACGAGUACGGCCGACCAUUCAUGGUGCAUGGAGAACCGUAUCUCGAUUCACUGGGAGAGGCGGAACCGAGAGCAGCUCCAGGCCCAAGGUCGAAAACACCCGGCCCAGCCCCAACACCUUCGAGUAACACCAAUGCCGGUCUGAGCCGCGCACGCAGCGUUGGUAGCGUCAGAGGAGCGCCAAAAAGCACCACCAAAACGCCGACGGCUGUGAACACGGCCAAGGCCGCGCAGCCAUCACAAGGGGGGACCCUCCGAGGAAUGCCAGCAAACGGUAGUCGCAGUCCAACCCGGCUUCCCGCGCGCAUGCCGCUCUCCAACCUCAAACAUGGCGGCAACUCACCCGAACGCCCUGAAUCAAGAGCGGGUCCUGGUGGUCCCCGCCACGGCAACCUGGUAAUUAGGGCGCCGCCGCCGAAGAUGCGAGAUCUUUUGCCGGCCCCAGAACUGGAGACGCCGGUCAACCAGUAUCGGUCUGCCGGUCUGAGUGCUAGCAUUGUCCGGCACGUGGAGCCUGAGGAUGUCUAUGACGACCGGUAUUCGUACCAGGAGAGCAACAGCAGGCCAGCGUCCCGGGAUUACUUCUCUUCGCGGUCAACGCAGUCUUCCUACCCCCAAGCGCCACCUGCUGUUCGGCAAAUUUCUCAUAACUCGAGUAGCAGCUCCAAUACCUCGACUGUCAUCACCGGCUCUGAGAACUGGGAGACGUAUGACGACAUCUCGGAACCAGAGGAGGACCUCUCAGACGACUAUUUUGCCAAGCUACGCGCGGCGCGGGCUGGCGCGGCGCGGCCACCGAGUCAACUGAAGCGGCAUCGCGGUCUCCCGCCCCCCCAGCCAGGACAAGUCACCGUGGACGACAACGGCAACCGGAUCAUUUCUGGAAGCGAGUGGACCGACGAGGACGGCUACUGACAAAGGCGCUCCCUUGUCGGUUCAGCACAUGUCUAAAUGAUGGGUAUGAGUUACGGCGCAACGACGACAUGUCUUGCUUUUUGAGCAGCCAUAUGCGUUGAUAUAGCCCGCACUUCUUUUGUUGGGGUCUCGGCGAGGCGUUGGUUGAUUCGCGGCCUUUGUGUUUUAUAUGAG